ACCACAUUCCACAGAACCCUGCAUCCUCCUCCAAUUUAUGACUCUCUUUCUCUCUGCUCAAUUCACAUAAACAACAUAGAAUUUUGUAAACUCUGUUGUAUGAAAAAGAGAGGAGUAGUUUUGCUUAACCUCCACUCUAAUGGCCCUCCUAGCACUCUUGCCUGAACACUCCCUUCCCAACAACAACAAUGGUAAGAAUAAGAUUAAUAAUAAGCAGAAGCAGAAACACAAGCAGAAUCAAAAGCAGAAGCAGAAAGAAAAACAAGGUUCUUCUUCUUCUUCUUCAUCUUCAUGGGAGCAAAUCAAGAACUUGAUAUCUUGCAAGCAAGUUGAAGGGUCAAGAGUGCAUGAUCCUUCAUCGUCAAAGAGCAUGAUGGGUUCAUCUUGCAGCUCCAUAUGCAGCUUCAGAGAUGUUGUUCAUGGAAACACUAGAGUUGUUCACAGAGCUGAUAACUCUUCACCUGAGAGUAGCUCACUUGGGCAGCAAGAAACUGGUUUGUUGAGUAGAAAACCUGCCGCAAAAUCAUCAAGAAGGUCAUCUGGGAAAUCCAAUGGUGGAGCAACCUACACGCCAUCAUCUUCUAAAGGGAUGCAGUUUAGGAAGCUGUCUGGGUGUUAUGAAUGUCACAUGAUCAUUGACCCUAGCAGGCUACCAAUUCCAAGGAGCAGCGUGUGUGCUUGUUCAGAGUGUGGAGAGGUGUUCCCUAAGAUGGAAAGCUUAGAGCUUCAUCAAGCUGUUCGUCAUGCUGUUUGGGAGCUGGGUCCAGAGGAUUCAGGUCGGAACAUAGUGGAAAUAAUCUUCAAAUCAAGCUGGCUAAAGAAGGACAACUCGAUAUGCAAGAUCGAACGGAUACUGAAGGUCCAGAACAGUCAACGCACCAUCCAACGGUUUGAGGAGUGCAGGGACAGCGUGAAGUCGCGUGCACAGAAUAGUAGCAAGAAAAACCCCAGGUGCGCAGCCGAUGGCAACGAACUCUUGAGGUUCCAUUGCACCACAUUGACCUGCCCACUUGGGGCACAGGGAUCCACUGCCCUUUGCACUGCCAUUCCCGGUUGUGGCGUAUGCACUGUCAUAAGGCACGGGUUUCAAGGCGGUGGAAAGGGGGUGAAGACCACAGCCAGUAGCGGUAGGGCACAUGACUCGCUGGCAGGGCAUUGUGGCGCCCCAAGGGCAAUGUUGGUUUGCCGUGUCAUUGCUGGCAGGGUCAGGCGCGUGCCAGAGGACGCGCCGCCAGAGGACGACGGAGUCUCGGCUAGUGGGGGCUAUGAUUCUAUUGCAGGCAGUGCCGGGAUCUACUCUAACCUUGAAGAGUUGGUUGUUUUCAAUCCACGCGCCAUCCUACCCUGUUUUGUGGUUGUUUACAAGGUGCUUUCUUGUUGAAAUUUGGAAGGAGAGAAAUGCAGGAUUCUCUUGCUCGUAUAUCACUUGAUCCUGUAUCUUUAUUAUUGUUUUAACUUUUACAUUAUAUUAAGAUUAGAGGGUGAAAAAUUAACUAUGUGAGAAAUUUGUAGUAACAAUGUGUAUAAAAGAAUCUUACAAGUCUUGAUCAAA